GGGUGGGCGGCGGGAGCGGGAGGAGGAGCGGCCGCCGCCGCCACCGCCGCCGCCAUAGAGACUGUAGCCGUGGAGACUGUUACUUACCAACGGGGACCAACACGCAGCAGCCGCCGCCGCCGCCGCCGCGGGAGCCGCUGCCCGAACUCCCGGCCCGAACUCCAGAGCUGAGCAUGCAGGAUUCAGAGGGUGGAUCGGAUUCGCCAACCCCUGUGGCUCUGCACCCGGCGGCGGCUGCCUCCCCACAGAGGGUGCUGGUCCAGGCAGCGGGCUCCGCUCCCAAGGGGGCCCCGAUGCAGCCGCUCUCCCUCCCCAGAGUCCAGCAGCUGCCGCAGCAGGUGCAGCCCCUGCAGCACGUGUACCCGGCCCAGGUGCAGUACGUGGAAGGGGGAGACACAGUCUACACGAAUGGCGCCAUACGGACGGCCUACGCCUACAACCCCGACCCUCAGAUGUACGCCCCCAGCAGCGCGGCAUCCUACUUCGAGGCCGCGGGGGGCGCCCCGGUGACGGUGGCUGCCUCCUCCCCGCCGGCCAUCCCCACCCACGGCAUGGUGGGCCUCGCCAUGGACGUCGGUGGCAGCCCCAUCAUCUCCAGCACGGGAGCCUACCUCAUCCACGGGGCGAUGGACGGCACGAGGCACUGCCUGGCCCACACUUCGCGGUCAUCGCCGGCCACGCUUGAAAUGGCGAUUGAAAACCUCCAAAAAAGUGAAGGGAUAACAUCACACAAAAGCGGUUUACUCAACAGCCAUCUCCAGUGGCUGUUAGACAAUUAUGAAACCGCCGAAGGCGUGAGUCUCCCCAGAAGUUCUCUGUACAACCAUUAUCUUCGGCACUGCCAGGAGCACAAGCUCGACCCCGUGAACGCUGCCUCCUUCGGGAAGCUGAUCCGCUCGGUGUUCAUGGGCCUGAGAACGCGGCGGCUGGGGACAAGGGGCAAUUCAAAGUAUCACUACUAUGGGAUCCGCCUGAAGCCCGACUCACCCCUGAACCGGCUGCAGGAGGACGCCCAGUACAUGGCCAUGAGGCAGCAGCCCGUGCACCAGAAGCCCAGGUACCGGCCAGCCCAGAAGACAGACAGCCUGGGGGACAGCAGCUCCAACAGCAGUCUGCAGAGCACACCCGAGCAGGCCAUGGCCGCCCAGAGCCAGCACCACCAGCAGUACAUAGACGUCUCCCAUGUCUUCCCAGAGUUCCCGGCUCCCGACCUGGGCAGCGUCUUGCUGCAGGAGGGCAUCACGCUGCAUGACGUCAAGACCCUGCAGCUAGCCUACAGGCGGCACUGCGAGGCCACGUUAGAUGUCGUCAUGAACCUGCAGUUCCACUACAUUGAGAAGCUGUGGCUGUCCUUCUGGAGCUCGAAAGCCUCGGCCAACGACAGCCCCGGCUCUGUUCCUUCCAGCGAAGAAGAGCCAGAAGGUGCCGUGAUCCCAAAGGACAAGCUCAUCUCCCUGUGCAAGUGCGACCCCAUCCUGAAGUGGAUGCGGAGCUGCGACCACAUCCUCUACCAGGCCCUGGUGGAGAUUCUCAUCCCCGACGUGCUGCGGCCGGUACCCAGUACAUUGACACAGGCGAUCCGCAAUUUUGCAAAGAGCCUGGAAGGCUGGCUGACGAACGCCAUGAGCGACUUCCCUCAGCAGGUCAUACAAACCAAGGUUGGUGUCGUCAGUGCCUUCGCCCAGACCCUGCGGAGAUACACGUCCCUCAACCACCUGGCACAGGCGGCACGUGCCGUGCUGCAGAACUCCUCCCAGAUCAGUCAGAUGCUCAGCGACCUCAACCGCGUGGACUUCGCCAACGUGCAGGAACAAGCCUCAUGGGUGUGCCAGUGUGAGGAGAACAUGGUGCAGCAGCUGGAGCAGGACUUCAAACUGACCCUGCAGCAGCAGAGCUCCCUGGACCAGUGGGCCAGCUGGCUGGACAAUGUCGUCACCCAGGUCCUGAAGCAGCACGCAGGCAGCCCCAGCUUCCCCAAGGCCGCCCGGCAAUUCCUGCUGAAAUGGUCCUUUUACAGCUCCAUGGUGAUCCGGGACCUGACGCUGCGCAGCGCCGCCAGCUUCGGCUCCUUCCACCUCAUCCGCCUGCUCUACGACGAGUACAUGUUCUACCUGGUGGAGCACCGCGUCGCCGAGGCCACCGGGGAGACGCCCAUCGCCGUCAUGGGGGAGUUCAACGAUCUUGCCUCCCUGUCGCUGACACUGCUUGACAAAGAUGACAUCAGUGACGACCGCGGGAGCGAGGCCGACGCCGAGGCCCGCAGCCUGGGCGAGCCCCUGGUGAAGCGGGAGCGCAGCGACGGGAACCCCUCCCUGCAGGGCUUCUAGCCGUGGGCGGGCGCCCGCCUGCCAGGGGGCAUCAGGGGUCCCAAAGGCCCGGCCUCCCGGCGCCCACCGCAACAGUGCCUCUUAGACACCGCCACCAGGGUCAGCGCCUGCUAGAGGACACAGGUCCCCGCGGAAGGCAAGCAGGCGCUGGGGCAGUAGCCCUCGCUGGUGGCGGCUGCCCUGGUGCCCGUCGGAGGAGGAGGGUGGGAGCCGCUGACCGCCGGAGCACCCUGCCUUUCUCAGCCGAAACUCUCCUUUGCUGCAGACGUCGCCUGGGUGAGAUGAGAGGGGGUGCCUUCCAACAGUCUUCUGGUACCAAUCGUCACCAUAUUUAAAAAAAAAAAUUGUUUUAAAGCAGUCAGAGCCAGGGAAGGAAGGGACAGCUUUCCCCCCUCCUUGUCCUGCUGCCACUCCCACUCAGGAACGGAAAGUCCAGCCCCCCCCGCCCUUGUGCCUUGGGUGGACAGAUGUCCGUGGGCUUCCUGCCCUCUGGCCAGAGCCACCCUCCGGUGCCCGUGAGAGAUGCACCCCCAGACGGCAACAGCCGCUCCACAAACAGCCGGUAACUUCCACGCUCCUGACGCCUGUGCCCCCCACCCGGUCCCACCCGGCUCAAAGAACCAGCCACCAAACCACGCCCACUCGUGCCAAGACACAGCCGUGCCUUUCAAAACUCACAACCAGAAGCUUUAGCAGCAACCGGAAGGGUGUGGGGGGUUCAAAGUUCCCAGUCAACAUGGAGCCAAACAGCAGGGCCUGUUUUGAGGCGGCCGGGCCUCCAGCAGGUGGGCUUCCUGCCGUGUCUGCAGACAGCGGUGCCCAUCCCUGCUCUUCCCAGGCUCCCGGCCAGCGUCCCUCUGAGCUAGCAAUCCGGAGCAGUCUGACCCCGGCCAGGUCCCACCUCAAGUCGUUCAGAGUCAAAACUCUCCUCUCUGGGGCACACAAAAAUGCCCAGGCCUUCCCCAGCCCUGACCCCGGACUUCAGUUUCUCUCCUGUGCAUUUGUCUACCCCGUGCAAUAGUUCUGCCCCAAAACCAACUGCCAAGCAGAAAGACAAACCUCUGGUCCAGUCGGCACCAUCUUACAAAAUGUAAUCGUUUUUCUUUUUUGGAAAUAUGUUUAUGCUGAUAGUUUGUGCUCUCAUUGUUAUUAGAACAUUUCUUAUGGAUGUGUAUGUUGCAGUAUAUUCGGUCCCCAAUAUUUGUUCUCGUUCACACAGACGGUACUAACGUCAACUCACGUGGCCUUUAAAAAUAGUUUCCGUCAAGAGCAGUGGGCGUGCUGUGCCUUCCCAGGCCAGGCGUGCAGGGAGCAUGGAAGACAGACGCGUUUAUUCUGGAAAAAAACCCAUCACACUCGCAAUGUUUGGUCUUGUAAUUCAAGAGGUGGGUCAAGUCAGACAGAAAGAAUGUUCUCAAAAUGGGUCUCCCCUGUCCCGUUUGAAGCUCCCUGUUAUGGACUGUAACGGCCUAGCCUGGUUUUCCUUCCGCAUGUGGUAACCAGUACAAAUGGGUUUCCCCGAGAGGCCCCUUCCUCUCCUUUGCAGGGAUUCCACGAGAAGGAAUAUAAAGCAUAGCAA